AUGGCCUCCACCCAGCAGCUUGAGACUCUGCAGAGCAUUGAGCUCGAGAAAUCCAAGUGGGAGAAGUCGUUCGGCGGCAAAGCCUCCAACUGCUUCAUCGAGGAAGUCAAGAGCUCCGAGCUCUUCCGCUUUGACUGGGGCGAGCUGCUGAGUGCCGCGCCGACCGCCCUUUCGCUCAUGGGCUCAUGCUGGAUUGCUGCCAGCCACAAGGAUGCCGAUUCGAUCCGUCUCGGCGAGUCGCGCCCAAAUGGAAAGUGGCAGUAUCUGCCCAACAGGGACAGGCCGACGCUUCGCGCGGCGCUGGUGGACGUCUGCAACAUCGGUGGCGACAAAGCUUUCAGCUGCGCAGGAGAGAACAUGGAGAUUCUUGCCGCGACGUCGAAGCGCAUCUUCAACUCGGAAGACGGAGCAAUCAAAGAAGUCUUCGACCGGCUCAGCGCUCUGAACGAGACGGACGAGUCGUUCGAAGACUUCAAGGAUGCGCUGGAUCUGCUCAACAAGGAGGCGAGCCGCUGCUCCACGGUGGCGACCGAAAUGCGCCAGGCCUUCGGUCUUUGGCGCAACAUGGUCAAAGAGCUGCAUGCCUCAUCGGAGCAGCAGCGCGGCAACACGCACGGCGAGGCCAGGACUGUCGAGGGGCAGGUGCAGGCGAGCGAGAUUGAGGAAAGCGUCACGAAGCAGAACAUAGAGUCGGCCAAGGAGGCCGUUGCGGCCCUUGAUAAGAGGGUGCAGAGGGCGGAGCAGAGACUUGAUCGUGCAACGGAGAAUGUUCCGGGGCCCUGGGCUACGGUGGCGAUGAGCACCGUAAAUGGAUAUGCCCAAGCAGUUCCCUCCAUCGUGGCCGGCGUCCUGCCCACCGUAUUGGCAGCAGCAGUCAACCCGGUUGCGGGAGCUAGCAUGGCGCUCAGUUCUGGACUGCGUCUGGGCCAGCAGCCGCAGCCCCAGAAUGGUCUUCAGAACGGCGCUGUCAACGGCCUCCUGACCGGCCUAGCCAGCCAGGGAGGUCUCGCCUCACCGGCGCCGGGCCGUCACGACUCGGCUCUCGACGUCGCGGCGCAGCUCUGCCCGCUUCUAACCACUUUUUACGAGUUCGUGGGUGGCGCUGCUGGUAAGCUUGACUGGGCCAAGUUCGAGAACAGCGAGCCGGGGCAGAAGCAGGUCUGUGCCUGGUUGAUUGGCAACCUGAAUGCGUUCAAGUCGAGCCCUGAGCUGACGCAGACGGAAACGAGCACGAAUAUGAUCGCUGCUAUCGACUUAGCCUUGAAGGUCGCCAAGAGCAUCCAGGAUGCGGUUGAGUUCCGCAAGGAUCUUUCGGCAGCCCCAAUUCCCGAGCAUGUAUUUGCCGCCUGGAAGGCCGACGUCAAGUCUGCCAGGGACACCAUUCUUGCUCUGAACGCCUCUGCCAACGUGACCGCCGGCACUGCUAUGCCCAAUCGCUUCGCCGAAGUCAAGAUUGACAUCCCGAAGCCGGAUCUGUCUGCUCAAAAUGCCGCUAUCAGCAACGCCAUGCAGGCCGUUCAGACCUCGCAGGCCGCCCUGGACCUCGCUCAAGACAAGUACGACGAGGCCCUCCAGAAGCAGGCCAAGACCAAGACCGCCAUGGUCGAGAUUGAAAAGAAACUGGCAACCCUCCGAGAGAACGGCAAGCUCUUGGAAAACAUCAAAGACGUCCUCCGAGAUUGUAUCGCUGUCCUCGUGGAUCUGACAGUUCAGAUCGGCCGCAUCGAGACCUUCUUCACGCGCCUGCAGCUCCUCAUCAGCGAGUACAUCCAGCCAAAGGUGGACCGCUUCCAGGUUUCCAUGCAGAAGACGGGCGACCGCAGCUUCAAGAACGGCUACCUGACCACCGACGACAUUACCAUGCAGACGCUCUACAUGGUGACGCUGCAGAUGAAGGCCUACUUCUCCCUGCUCUACGAUAUCGCCGACAUGUAUAACGGCGUUCACCGCGGCUACAUCGUCCGGGGGCUCGAGCUCAUGGGCGACCUGGCCAAGAUAUCGAGUGACAACAGCGACGCGCAGGCAAAGCUGGUAAAGUACACCGCCGAAUCGAGCAAGGCGAUUGCGGACCUUGUGGGGAAGAAGCAAAAGGAGAUGCUGGCGGGGCUGAAGUCUCGCGCACAGAACGCGCAGGCGAUGACGAAGAAGUUGGAGGGCAGGGCGAUGGCGGUUGGUAUUGAUGCGAAGGCAACCCGGAAGGCCAUCACUCAGGGUGCCGAGAUUGUGAAGGACGAAGCAAAACAGGAGUUGGCCGCCGCCGCCCCUAGCGUCCUCCGCCGUCGGGGGAAUGCCAACGAUGAUUAG